UAAAAUUUAUGAGUCAAGAACACGACAACGAAAAUACUGUGUUAAACUUCGACUCAUAAUUUGACUACCAUCUUGCAAAUCACUUGGCACGACAUCAUACGCACUGUCUCUUUUGUUGUUUAACUAGACUAUCACUGAAGAAGAUCCUAAAAAGUGGAUCGAAACGUCUGAUCUUUAAAUUAAUAAUAAUAAACAUAUUCACCGUAACAACUAAUCUCGUAUUGGCCUUUUUCUCACAACGUUGAAAUUUUCACUAGCAGAUAAUUUUACGCGUUUACAAUUUUAAUAAGAAUAAAAAUAAAACUACACGGUGAAUUUUGUGACGACUGAUUUUGUGUCGGACUGUUCGAUCGAAGAUCAUCAGAUUAUAUUAAAGAAGGAAAAAUGCGGAUAUCGAUGUUCGUCUGGUUGUUAUUGUAUUUGUCAACGUGCCAUGGAUAUCGUCUGCUCGGAGUAUGUCCCUUUCACGCCAAAAGCCAUUUCAUUAUGUUCGAACAGCUGAUGAAGGGUCUGGCCAGGAAAGGUCAUCAGGUUGAUGUAAUAAGUGCGUUUCCGUUGAAAAAACCUUACCCGAAUUACACCGAUAUCGUGAAACUGAAACCGCCUGUUGUUCUGGUAAACAAUAUAACGUACGACUUUAUGCGGCAAACGUUGAACGCUAAUCCAACAUUUGCCAUCGCGACGAUUGGAGGCAACGAUAUGUGCAAGAACUUAGGGCAUCCGGAGAUACAAAAACUGGUGCGCAAUCCGCCAAAGGAUCCACCUUACGACGCGAUAAUUUUGGAAGCGUUUGGUUUUCAUUGUUUCGCAAUCAUUGCCCACCUGUGGAACGUUCCUCUGAUUGGUAUUAGCACAACGUCGCUUUAUCCGUGGCUACACAGGCUUAUCGGUCAGCCCGAGAAUCUGGCUUUCGUCCCAAACAAUUACGUUACCUACGUCGAUGAUCUGAACUUCUGGCAGCGUCUGUACAAUAGCGGGAACGCGUUGUUUAACAAACUGUAUUUCAAUUAUCUCACAACGAAGACGCAAAACAAUAUUCUGAGAGAGCAUUUUGGACCGGAUGCGCCGACCGUGCAAGAACUGGAGAAGAAAUUCGCCAUAAUUCUCAUCAACUCUCACAUCGUAUUGAAUAAACUCCAGCCAUUGGUACCUGCCGCGAUAGAAGUCGGAGGGCUGCACGUUCAGGAUGAAAAUUUGAAGCUGCAACCUGAAUUAGAGAAGUGGAUGAAUGACAGCAAAGACGGCAUCGUCUACUUCACUUUUGGCUCCAUGGUAAUGAUCGAGACGUUCCCACGCGAGUUCCUGAACAUACUCUAUUCCUCUUUGAGAAAAAUAGCGCCCGUGCGGGUUUUAAUGAAGAUUCCGAAUCCGGAUAAAUUACCGUCCGGUUUACCUGAAAAUGUUUACACCUCCCCGUGGAUGCCGCAGAUUAAAGUAUUGAAACAUCCUAACGUAAAAGCUUUUAUCACUCAUGGCGGACUCAUGGGUACGCAAGAGGCGAUAACGUACGGUGUUCCUAUGAUCGGCAUACCGCUCUUCGCCGAUCAAUUUAAGAAUAUCGACUCGUACGUAGUCAAAAAUGCCGCACUGAAGCUCGACAUUAAUACGCUAACGGAAAAGGACAUGGAUGAAGCGUUACACGAGAUACUACGGAAUCCUAUUUACAAGGAAUCUGCUCAAAAUAUAUCUCGAAGACUCACUGAUCAACCGUUAAGUUCUCUCGAUAAAGCUAUCUAUUGGACCGAAUACGUUAUCAGAUACGGAAACGACGCCUUGCGAUCACCCGCUGUAGAUUUGCCCUGGUAUAAAUUACAUCUCAUCGAUGUGAUUGCGUUUCUGUUGCUUUGCGCGUUAGGUCUGAUUGCCGUUGUAGCAUUCGUUGUGCGUGCGAUAUUGGAAGUGACGACGAAUCACGGAAAGACAAUUGAGAUAAACAAUUUAGAAUCAAAAAAAGUGAAGUGACAUCAACUUCAAAUGUUUUUUUUUUUUUUUUUUUUUUUUUUUUUUUUUUUUUUUUUUUUAAUUAAUUUUACUGUACAAAAUAUAAUUAAUUUCUUUUAGUAGAAAGUGAACCAAAGAGUUUGCAUACUUAUCGAACCAAUCUCUUCGCGAUGUGUGUUCUCCUACAAAUAUUUUACUCAAACUAAAUGUAAUGUGAGUAUUUGACAGAUCCCGUGAUACGCAUGUAGAGUAUUGUGUCUUUUUUAUGUGAUGUUCCCGUUAUUUACACCAAACAUAUAUUAUUUUUACGCGUAUUGCAAAUAAAAUAACGUCUAGGUCUAGACGAUCGUGGUUUUUUUUUAUUUUCACAAAAGACUUCCGAGAUCUUUAAUUUCUUUCCGAUAACGAACGCUGUUGUAAUGUCGUGACUUUGUUAAGAAAAAAAAUAUAUCUAUCUCUUCUGUAACAGAAGUUGUUUUGCCAUUGAUAUUAUAUAUCAUGUGUCUAUUUUUUAAUUUCAAAUGAGUCAGACGUAAGCAACCGCAAGUAUAUAUAUAUAUAUACUUAGUACUCUGGUAAUGUAAAUUGUACCUUUAAUAUUUGCGACAAUAGAAGAUGACUCUUUUUCGUGACUUAGCAUAAAAAUUAAAAGCUACUACAUAUAAUUACUUCCCGCGGCAUUACGCUAGAUCGGGUUAUGCAAACACACCCUGUGAUGACUGUGAUUCCUUGCGUUCUCUGAAAACACAUUCGUGAGUAUUAAAAAAAAAAAAAAAAAAAAAAAAAAA